ACCUUGACUGCACUUGCACGCCGGUGCCGUCCGUCGUUCUUGCGGGCCCUACGGCGGCCAUCGCCGGCAGCCAUGGCAUCGCAUGAUGCGGUUCUUACUCUCUCCCCUUUCGACAUGACGAGGACUCGGCGGAGGGUUGCGAUGGAACGAAUCGUCGGAGGACGAGGAGGCCGAAACCAGUGGCCGAUCCCUGCGAUGUCCUGCCCUUUCUCCAGAAAAUUGAGGAAAGGAGGGAGGGGUGCGAGAGAAGAAUGCGGUGUUGUCAGGUGCACGAUGGAUGCGACUUUCGGCGGUGGCGGUGGUGGUGUAGCUGUACCAAAAUUUCCAAGGAUGCAUGUAUGGGAUCCUUAUAGACGCUUGGGAGUCACUCGCGAUGCUUCUUCUGAAGAAAUUCGAGGAGCACGAUAUUUUCUGUUGGAUCAAUAUGCUGGCCAUGAGCCAAGUGAGGAGUCCAUAGAAGGUGCUUACGAGAAAAUCAUAAUGGCCAGUUUCAGACAAAGAAAGAAAACAAAAAUUAAUCUGAAGACUAGGCUAAAGAAGAGGGUAGAGGAAUCCCCUCCUUGGUUUAAGAGCCUGCUGGAAUUUGUUGAGCUACCACCAACUGACGUUAUCCUUAGGAGAUUUGCUCUCUUUGCUUUCAUGGGAGGCUGGAGUAUCACAAAUUCUGCUGAAACAGGCCCUGCUUUCCAGGUUGCAGUUUCCCUUGCGGCUUGCAUUUACUUUCUAAAUGACAAGAUGAAGAGUAUCGCCAGGGCUUCCAUAACUGGAUUCUUGGCGCUGGCGGUUGGAUGGAUAUGCGGCUCUACAGUAGUUCCAUUUAUUCCCACUUUUCUUAUCCGGCCAACGUGGAGUCUCGAACUCCUCACCUCUUUGGUUGCUUAUGUAUUUCUUUUCCUUGCUUGCACUUUUCUUAAAUAACCAACACUUGCCAAAUUGUAUUUGGUUUUGGCCAUCAAGUAAUGUUGUAAUUCUAGUCUUAUAAUUCUUAGGUGACCUUGAGAUUAAGUGCUGUGAAGUGGUCAUAUAUGCUGAGGCUCUUUCCCUGUCAAAAUACUCUUGUACUCUUGUUUUGCAGCUUUGCUUCUGUUCAAGUUCA